CUGACAUUUUGAACACACUGUGACAGAAAAAAGCUGGAAGAAAAAAGGCCAGGAGAGAACACUCAAAAUUACACAGAGAAAUACAAAAACUGAAACAUUUGCUCGGGAAACAAACCAAAAAAACAGACAAACUACGCAAAAGACGAUGUGCGGUCUCAGAGUCCCCGGCAUCAAAAACAAGGCGACUGCUACACAAUGUCCCUGUUUCUGGCGAAGUACGGAGAUCAUUGCUUGUUCAUUAUGCCCUCAUGGCCAACAUCAAGGACGCCUUUGCCACCACAAAAAGGAGAACACACAGGCAGGCAAUGUCACAAAUUCUAACUGGGUGGAUCCUUAAAAAGUAUGGAUUACAAAAAGAAGUUCGUACAGCACUACACAUCUCCAGAAAGAGGAACAAGAAUCCUGCUCAAGGCAAUACAAAGUACCGAAGCCUAUGCUUCCGAAUUCAAGACAGCGUCAUUGCUUACCUGACGAGGGAUGAAAGCAGCCGAUUGACAGCAGGUAAAGCACAAACAAUCACCAGGCAGAAGAUAAAGAAACAGAAGAGGUUUUUAAUCAUACCCUGAGAAACCUCCACAGGAAAUUUCUCACUGAACAUCCUAAUUACAAUCUCUCUUACUCCUUGUUCUGUCGUAUGCGUCCCUUCUGGGUAGUUAACCGAACACUUGCAGACAGACAAACCUGUCUUUGCAAGGUUCAUGAGAAUCUUUCCUUUCUGGCUGAAAAGCUUCACACUCUCAAGUUAAUUAGGAGCGUGGACAUGGAAGACCUGACAUCAUCAAUAAGCUGCAAUCCAAAUUCAAAGGACAGCAUGUACAACGAGUGUCCCCACUGCAAAGGACAGGAGUUUGCCAUAGCAGCAGAAGUUAACCUUCAGGCAAAUGUCGAACUCACUCAGUGGUCAACUGAAACAGUCAUCAGAGAAAAGAAAAACAAAGAUGGUAAAAAGGACAAGGUCCCCAUGAAAAUCACUGUGAAGAAGAAAAAGGACAUAGUGUUGGCGGAUCUGCUGGAGAUGUUUCAAGGCCAAUUGAGACAUUUCAAACGGCAUACAUUUAACAUUAAAAGCCAGUUCACCCACUACCGUGAAUUAAGAAAAAGCAUGACCAACCAAGAAUGCUUGAUUCAUGUGGAUUUUUUGGAGAACUACUCAUGUAAGCUUGCAGCAGAAAUCCAGGCAAUGCACUUAGCCCCAAACCAGAAGCAAGCAACGCUCCACACAGGAAUUCUUCAUGUUGGUGGGACAGCAGAGCACAUGUGCUUUGGCACAAUUUCGGCAUCAAAGGAGAAAGGCCCACCUGCCAUUUGGGCACAUUUGUCCCCCAUCCUGGAUGAAGUGAAGGCCUCGUAUCCUUCUGUCGAGGUGGUGCAUUUCUUCAGUGACGGUCCAUGCACGCAAUACAGACAGAAGGGAAACUUCUUCCUCUUAAGCACAGAGCUGAUGAACCGUGGUUUCAAAAGGGGGACAUGGAACUUUUUUGAAGCAAGCCAUGGGAAGGGUGCUCCAGAUGGAGUGGGAGGCCUCCUGAAGCGAAUGGCUGACAGGCUUGUUAGCCAAGGUCAUGACAUCCCUUCAGCAGAACAUCUCUACAGUGCUUUGGUUAACAGCGGAACAGUUAGGGUGUUCUACAAAAGAGAGAAUCUUGUGGAUGAAGCAAUUAACAAGAUGCCAAGUCAUCUGCCAGCAGUGCCUUCAACUAUGCGUAUCCACCAGGUGGUCACAGGGGCACCAGGAGAGAUCUUGUAUCGAGAUGUAAGUUGCCCUUGCACCGCCAGACAAAGUUAUGAGUGUCGCUGUGAUGACACUCAUACUUUUAGUUUUGAGGUUCAGCAAACGACCCCUUCGCUGCCUCAAGCACCUAAAGGCAACAGCAAAGAGAAUGAAAGGCUGUGGGGUCCUGAUUCAAUUGGCCAGUGGUGUGCCCUUAAAUAUGAUGAAGACAUUUACCCAGGAGUCAUUCAGGAGGUCAUGGACACACAUGUGCAGGUAAAGUGCAUGCACGUUGCCGGAGUCAACCGGUUCUUCUGGACACUAAGAGAGGAUGUGCUUUUGUACCCUUUUGAGGACAUUUUGAGAGUGAUUCCUCCUCCAAAGUCAGUGACCUCACGCCACGUGGAGAUUGACAAAGACAUCUGGUCUAGUUUCUAAAAGGUCCAACUGAAUGUUGCAAUUGAAUAGUACUGUUCUGUUGAAUAUUAAUGUUACUGUACUAUUCUUUAAUAUUUCGUUUUUCGGUAAGGCUUCACUUGGACCCCUGUGCUGGUUUGAACCCAUUACAAAACCAUUACUUUAAAAACUGUUCUUUAUUUGUUCCUCUACUGUGGGUUUGACCUUUGUCUGACAUACAAGUCACUUUUGAUGAAACCGUCAAAUUUCUUAAUGUAAAUGUAAACUAUUUAGACUGUUCUGUAGGAAUUGAAUUAGAAAUGAAUUCUGAAUGUCUGAAUUAGAAGAAAUUGUUCCAACCUGAUCAGAGGGAAUGUUUAAUUUGCACUGUGUGAUUUUUUGUUUUGCUUGUUAGUACAUUUCAAAUGUAAUGUAUUUUGUAUGAAUUUGGUGUUUCAUAAUUGAAUUAAUUGAAAGUUUCAAUUUAAUUUUGCACUUCUUCCUUGAAAUAAACAUAGUG